ACAUUACCCUAAAAUAUGGAACAACAAACGAAAGAAGAAAUCUACACAAACACAGUGAACACGGCGUAGGAGCCAUCCACCAUCCAUGGAUUCUUCCGAGUUCCCAAACAAAGCGUUAACCAGCACGCGUUUCUCCGAGCUGAACCCGCCACUAUCUGAGCCGGUUCUCCAAGCCCUAACAGACUCCGGGUUCGACUUCUGCACCCCUGUUCAAGCCGCCACGAUUCCUUUGCUAUGCAGCUUCAAGGACGUCGCCGUCGACGCCGCCACCGGUUCCGGCAAAACCCUAGCUUUUGUCCUCCCUCUUGUUGAGAUUCUUCGCCGCUCUUCCCCUAAACCCAAGCCUCACCAGGUACUAGGAAUAAUUAUAUCUCCUACAAGGGAGCUAUCAUCCCAGAUAUAUCAUGUUGCACAACCUUUCAUUUCAACUUUAGUGAAUAUUAAGUCCAUGCUCCUCGUUGGUGGAGUGGAUGUAAAAGCAGACAUGAAGAAAAUUGAGGAAGAAGGAGUGAACAUAUUGAUCGGCACACCUGGGCGGUUACAUGACAUUAUGAAUCGGAUGGAUAUCUUGGAUUUUAAAGAACUUGAGAUAUUGAUUUUGGAUGAGGCUGAUAGACUCUUAGAUAUGGGAUUUCAGAAGCAGUUAACUUCCAUUAUAACUCAGUUGCCCAAGCUUCGUAGAACUGGUUUGUUCUCUGCUACUCAAACUGAGGCUGUAGAAGAGCUUGCUAAAGCAGGAUUGAGGAACCCUGUGCGGGUUGAAGUUCGAGCAGAAACUAAAAGAGCAAAUGAUCCUGCAACAGCAAAACAACUAGAAUCUUCCAAGACACCUUCAGGUCUUCACAUUGAGUACUUGGAGUGUGAGGCAGAUAAGAAGCCAUCACAGCUAGUAGAUUUCCUUGUUAAGAACCGCUCUAAAAAAAUUAUAAUAUAUUUCAUGACUUGUGCUUGCGUUGACUUUUGGGGAACUGUCCUUCCUCACAUUUCUGUUUUAAAAGGCUUCUCAUUGAUCCCUCUUCAUGGAAAGAUGAAGCAGACUGUCAGGGAGAAAGCACUUGCUUCAUUUACAUCCCUUUCAAAUGGAAUUCUUCUAUGUACCGAUGUUGCAGCACGUGGACUUGACAUACCAGGUGUAGAUUGUAUAGUGCAGUACGAUCCUCCUCAAGAUCCAAAUGUUUUCAUACAUAGAGUUGGUCGAACAGCUCGGCUGGGUAAACAAGGUCAUGCUGUUGUCUUCUUAUUACCAAAGGAGGAUUCUUACGUAGAAUUCCUUCGUAUACGAAGAGUUCCUCUUCAAGAGAUUAGAUGCUCUGAUGAUGCGCCUGAUGUUGUUCCUCAGAUUCGUUCUGCUGCAAAAAAGGAUCGUGAUAUCAUGGAGAAGGGUGUUAAAGCAUUUGUUUCUUACAUCCGUGCUUAUAAAGAGCAUCACUGCUCUUAUAUUUUUAGGUGGAGAGAACUUGAAAUUGGGAAAUUGGCUAUGGGACAUGGUUUACUGAGACUUCCUUUAGUGCCAGAGGUAAAACAAAACUCUCUUUCCACCAAGGGAUUUGAACCAGUUGAAGAUAUCAAUUUUGAGGACAUUAAGUACAGGGAUAAAUCGAGAGAGAAACAACGGAAGAAGAACCUGCAAGUAAAGAAGGAAGCUAAGGAGAAAGAGCCAAGACCUAAAAAACUAAGCAAAACCCCAAAUGCACAAACUGACAUGAAGAAGAAAACAGCCAAGCAGAGACGUGCUGAGCAGGACGUUGAAGACGAGGAAGAGUUGAUGCAUGAAUACCGAUUGUUGAAGAAAUUGAAGAAAGGGACCAUAGAUGAAAAUGAAUACGCCAAAUUGACAGGCACUGAGGAAUUACUUUGAAAGCAAAGUUUGCUAUGCUGUUAUGAGCAUCAUGGUUGGUGUUAGAAUGGUGUUCAAUUCUGAAUGGCUGUUCGAAAAGACCAUAACAAUUUGGCUAGUAAAUUACGGCGUCCUUUGAUUCCAGAUGGUAUUGGCAAUCUCUUAGAUCUCUGUAUUGAUGGAGUUUAAAGAGUCCAGAGGAACAAUUUCAUUUUUGUUGUUAGAGAGAGAGAGAGACCUUAUAAGCCUUCAAUAUGGACUGAAUGACAUCUAGAGAUUAUAUACAUGAAUAGUGAUGACAGUGCAGAGAAUUGUGGAAGGUACAGCUACUUGCAUGAGAGAAACACAGCCUUUUAUUCCAAUCAAGGUUAUGAACAGCAUGAAGUAUAUUAUCCAAAAUUGUUUGGGUGCUUAUUAUUCGUUAAUUAAGAAUACAGUCUUUACAUUACUUUGUCUAGUCUGAUAUUUGCAGCAACAGAAAAAGUUCGAAUUAUGUUCUAGGUGUUUGUAAUCUUAUUGAAUGAUUUUGUUUUGUACUCAUUACUGAAAGUUAGUGAAUUAACUAGUACUUUUUUUUUUAAAAGUCACAGCCUUGAGGUA